GCUUCAUGUGGCACGCCCAUUUAUUCUCGACACAAGCUCCGAUGCCUCGGUUCAAAUGUAACCUCACUAGUAUUUAAAACGAAACGAAUGACCUGAUGAUGACUCGACAGGAAAAAGGGUGAGGGGGUUAUGGGAGGCGCCUGUUUCGUCCGAAAGGCAGAGGAAAUUGGGCAAAAGUGCAAUCAUGGAAAAGCCCCAAAAGACACCGGAAGAGCAGCAGUCGUCCCCACAGAUGGCGGCACCUGAUGGGGGUUGGGGCUGGGUGGUGGUGGGGUCUCUUUUCGUGUCAUCUGCGCUGGUGUUCGGGCUCAUCCGCAGUCUGGGUGUCUUUUUUGUGGAGUUUGUGCAGUACUUUGGUGAGAGUGCCCAGGCGGUGUCUUGGAUAACAUCCAUUGGCUUGGCCAUGCAACAGCUAAUGAGUCCAAUAAGUGCAGCCGCAUCUAACGUAUAUGGAGCUCGUCCGGUUGUUAUGAUGGGAGGAUUCCUCUCAGGCCUGGGAUUCAUUCUGGCAUCCCAGGCAACAUCUCUUUUACAUCUUUACCUGACCAUGGGAUUCAUUUCAGGUUUAGGCUGGGCGCUGAUCUUCACUCCUACCGUUGCGUCAGUGAUGCAGUACUUCACCUUGCGGAGAUCUCUAGCCAUGGGCCUGGGCUUCACAGGCGUCGGACUUGCAUCUUUUGCAUUCUCUCCACUUUUUCAGUAUCUAGUAGAAGCCUAUGCUUGGCGCGGGGCCUUGCUUGUCCUCGGAGGCCUCAGCUUCAACAUGAUUGCUUGUGGAGCUCUCAUUCGGCCUCUAGGGACACCAAAGGUUGUGGUGAAGGCUGAAAACGCGACCAAGCUCAACAAAUGUUCUUCUUUGUUGUCCCGUAUCUACGAGGGCUUUGAGACCUCUCUGCUUUCACACCGAGGCUUCCUCACAUAUUCCAUGGCCAUCACCUUAUUCAAUGCCGGCUACUUCAUCCCUUACGUUCAUCUGGUCGCCCACAGUCGUCACAUCGGUUUCACCGAGUACCAGGCAGCCUUUGUAAUCUCUGUGACUGGUGUGGCAGACAUCGUGGGCCGCGUAGCCUCCGGCUGGUUCUCAGACCUGGGCAGGAUGCGGAUGCAGCACAUGCUGGUGGUGUGGACUGGGUUACUGGGCCUCUCUCUGAUGCUCAUUCCUGUAGCCGUGGUUUACUCGGGACUGUUGGUUGUCAGUGUGGUCUAUGGGUUUUGUGCAGGAGCGAUGACGCCACUGGCGUUCGCGGUGGUGCCGGAAAUCGUAGGCAUGGAGCGAAUGCUGGGAGCCCUUGGCCUGCUGCAGCUCAUAGAGAGCAUCGGAGGGCUACUGGGAGCGCCAUUGUCUGGCUGGCUGAAGGACUAUACUGGGAUGUACACGGUAUCUUUUAUCGCUGCUGGAAGUUUCCUGGUGUUAGGUAUGUUGGUUACAAUGACUCUUCCCUAUUUCUGGUCUUGUACGGCCCCUCCACCCCCAUCACCUUCACAGAAGAAGUCUCAGGAUGAAUCCAUUGAAGAUGGACUUCUCAAAAAAACUCUGUCCUCAAAUUCUGUACCUGAGAUACUCUGUCCCUUGGAUGAUAUACCAUACUCGGAUAAGGAGUAAAAGGUGUGUUGGAAGAGUGACGUUACACAUCUAGUGCAAGAACGAGAAGAAAUACCUCAGAAAUGAUGCACAUACUAAUUUAGGAAAAAAUAUUUUGAUUUUAUUUUAAUUUUUUUAGAAGGAUGUUUUGCAUCCUCAACAGGAUAUAGGCAAGUAUUGGCAUGGGAAUCACAAAUCAUAUUGCACUGAAUGGUUUUAUACCACAUUUUGCAGGAAAAUGUUUUGUGGGUAA